CACCCUCCUCGCCUUACCUCGCCUCCCUAUCUUUGCGGACACAAACGCAUGUGGACAUAAGAAUCCUAACCGCAUGCCGUCCGCAACAUGGCCGACCCCUUCGAAGUGCGCAUGAGGUUCACCUCGCAACUCCAACACCUCAACGCCUCCACCACCUCCGCCACCAAAGCGGCCAACUACGCCCUCAAAUACUCCGAGUUCAGCGACGACCUGCACUCCUGCAUCCUCGAGCAGCUGGAGCGCAACAACGUUAACAACCGCGCGAACAUCAUGUACUUCCUCCCCUCCCUCUGCGACACGGCCAAGGCGCACAACGAGCUGGGCUACGUGCGCAUGAUGGAGCGCGACAUCCUGCGCAUCAUCGACCUCGUCGCGCCCGACGACGGGAGCGGGGCGGCGAACGUCAAGGUCGUGCGCAAGGUGUUGCAGCAGCUGCAGCAGAAGUUGUACCUGCAUCCGCAAACGGUCGUGGAGCUGGAGGAGUUCCUUGCGCCGCGCGAUACUGCUCUCGCGAGCCCGCCGCAGCCUCCACCCGCGGCGCCGGAGCAGGAUGGUGCGGCGUCUGUUGCGCGCUCGACGCCGCAGUCUGCGGCUCGGGAGCAGUUCCCUAAUCCCGCUAUGCGGCUGGACAAGAGGCAGAUUGAGCAGCGGAUUGAAGAGGAUCGGGAGCGACACAAGCGUGCACGAGAAGGCAUUUGGGCGAUUGCACAGAGCGGGGGCACGAGUUUGGCGCAAGAUGCAGAGGUGGAGAGGAUAUGGGCGGAUGUGGGAGAGGUGGGCGAAGACGAGUGGAAGUAUUCACGGGAGGAGAUGGAGGAGAGGGUGCGGUGUAUGGACUUUGAAGAGGGUUGAACGGAAAGGCGCGAUUUGAAUUUAGCACGGUGUUGGAGGCGUUGAUUGCUGCACUAUCGCGGCAACGAAUCUUAAGG